GGCCUCCUCUCCUCCCUCCCACCUAGAGCAGCACAAGAGAAGAAAGAAUUAGCAGUAGAAUUCAGAGCAGCAGUAGCAGCGAGUGAGCGAUAGAAUCACAGUGAGGCUCGUUGGAUCGAGGAGAUUCGCGUGAGGAGGCCGAUUAGCCGACCGAUCGACCGGAGAUGAGCGGCGGGCAGGAGCUGAAUCUGCCGCCGGGCUUCCGGUUCCACCCGACGGACGAGGAGCUGGUGACACACUACCUCUGCCGCCGCUGCGCCGGCGCGCCCAUCGCCGUCCCCAUCAUCACCGAGAUCGACCUCUACAAGUUCGACCCCUGGCAGCUCCCGAAGAUGGCGCUGUACGGCGAGAAGGAGUGGUACUUCUUCUCCCCGCGGGACCGCAAGUACCCCAACGGGUCCAGGCCCAACCGGGCCGCCGGGUCCGGCUACUGGAAGGCCACCGGGGCCGACAAGCCCGUGGGCACCCCCAAGCCGCUGGCCAUCAAGAAGGCGCUCGUCUUCUACGCUGGCAAGGCCCCCAAGGGCGAGAAGACCAACUGGAUCAUGCACGAGUACCGCCUCGCCGACGUCGACCGCUCCGCCCGCAAGAAGAACAGCCUCAGGUUGGAUGAUUGGGUGCUGUGCCGCAUCUACAACAAGAAGGGCGGCAUGGAGAAGCCGGCGUCCGUGGACCGGAAGCCGGCGGCCAUGGGCGGCUACGGGGGUGGCCCUGGGGCCAUGGUGAGCUCCCCGCAGGAGCAGAAGCCCGUCAUGGGGAUGAACGCCAACGGCGGCGGCGGCGGCGUGCAGCCGUUCCCGGACUUCGCGGCGUACUACGACCGGCCGUCCGACUCGAUGCCGCGGCUGCACGCCGACUCGAGCUGCUCGGAGCAGGUGCUGUCGCCGGAGUUCCCGGCCGGGGAGGUGCAGAGCCAGCCCAAGAUCAGCGAGUGGGAGCGCUCGUUCGCCUCCGGCGGCGACCCCGUGAACCCGGCGGCCGGCUCCAUGCUCGAGCCCAACGGCGGCUUCGGCGGCGACCCGCUCCUCCAGGACAUCCUCAUGUACUGGGGCAAGCCGUUCUAGGCAGCAAAGAAACCGAUCGGUCGAUUGAAGCGAGUACCUCCUAUCCUUGGCGUUUGGGCGAUGAAACGGGCGAGCCGCCAUUGUUGACCUGAUGAAGGGGAGAUAAUUUAAGAAGAUAUUAGACGGGAGAUAAGACAAAAUCAGGUGCUUGAUGACGACGAAGAUUGGAAGGUGGCGGCGAUGACACCGUGGGUCCCCGGGCUCUCACCAGCAUGACAUGACGUGCGCCAAAGAUGCUUCAAAGCGUUCGCCGCAUUGCAUCAUAUCGGGCGGGCGGUCGUGCGCUAGCAAGCAUGCAUGCAUGCAUGUGUGUGUGUAUAUGGAUGGGUGUACAUACAUGGAGAACAUGAUUGGUUCGGUGCAGGGGUUGCUGUCUCUUGAUUGGUUAGUUGCAAGGGUUUAUUGAUAAGUUGAUACCUAUAGUCCGAUGGUAGUGUAAGCCAUUCAUCAAAUGAAACUGAAUAAUAUUUUAUUGUUCUUGCCCCUCCA